GCCGGCGGCCGGCAGGGCGCUGCCGGGGGAGGGGGGAGCGCGGCGCCAUGGCCGUCGACAUCACGCUGCUGUUCAAGGCCAGCGUGAAGACGGUGAAGACCCGCAACAAGGCGCUGGGGGUGGCGGCCGGCGACAGCGCCAGGGAUGAGCUGCUCAAGCGCGGCGCCGCCGCCCGACCCAAGAGCGACUUCUCCAGCCGGGCCCGAGAGGUGAUUUCUAAUAUUGGGAAGCUGAAAGAUUUUCUUCUGCAACACAGAAAAGAUUACAUUAACGCUUACAGCCAUAUUAUGUCUGAAUACGUGAGGAUGACGGAUACAGAGCGUGAUCAGAUUGAUCAAGAUGCUCAGAUAUUUAUGAGGACAUGUGCAGAUGCCAUUCAUCAGCUGAGAACAGAAGCACACAAAGGUGUCCAGUCUACUCAGGUGAAGGAGCACAGAACGGCUGUCUUGGACUUUGUUGAAGAUUAUUUAAAAAGAGUGUGUAAGCUGUACUCUGAACAAAGAGCCAUCCGAGUUAAGCAAGUAAUAGACAAGAAGAGACUGUCCAGACUUGAACCUGAGCAGAGCAGCAUUUCCAAAUCACCUCUUUCCCCUGAAAAACUUCCACAGAAUUCUUUAGAUGAUUCUGAUGAAAAGCUGUCUGCUGAGGAAAGCAAAGACCAGAAUUUGCCUGAUGCCCAUACUAACCUUGGAUUAUGGGGCGAUGGCAAAGGUGAAGAUGAGCUGUCACCUGAAGAAAUACAAAUGUUUGAACAGGAGAACCAGAGGCUUGUGGGGGAAAUGAAUAACCUGUUUGAUGAAGUCAGACAAAUUGAAGGAAAAGUGGUAGAAAUCUCCAGAUUGCAAGAGAUAUUCACUGAAAAAGUCUUGCAACAGGAAACUGAGAUUGACAAUAUCCAUCAAUUAGUUGUGGGUGCAACCGAGAAUAUCAAAGAAGGCAAUGAAGACAUAAGAGAGGCAAUCAAAAACAAUGCUGGAUUUAGAGUAUGGAUCCUCUUCUUUCUUGUGAUGUGUUCCUUUUCCUUGCUUUUCCUGGACUGGUAUGAUAACUAAUUAAAAACACAUAAUAUUAUCUACAUGCUCUAUUUUUAAAACUUCUGACAUUUUUUUUUUAUGGAGUGGGAUAGGCCUAUCUGCAUAUUUUAUGCCUUUUUUUCCAUACUGCUAUGAUGGAAGCAUUUCCAACAAAUAAGUGUGCAUAUAUAUCCAUUAGUGCAGAGGGAGCUGAUAGCAUUUCUUUUAAGUCCCCUUAUCAAAUGUAAACCAAACUUAAUCCUGCAAAGAACUAGAAACCUUUGAUUCAGCGAGUAAGAAAGCUGUGAGCUGUAGUGUAGCCAACAGGAGAAAAAAAGAUCACUGUCAGUUAUCCUCACUUCUGUGAUAUUUAAAGUCCACCUCCCAGGGUGCAGACCAGAUCAAGAGAGAAGUGUUACUGUGCAAAAGCACCUACCCUGUCUCAGACUUUUAGUCCUACCACAUCAUGAUCAUUUUGCGUAUGUAUGGCCUCUACUUCUAAUCUUUGAAAACUACUUUAGUCAGAGAUCAAAAAAAGCUGUUGAUUUCAAAACAGAACAAAACAGAACCACCCACUAAAACACUUUACUUCUAGGUGCAAAGAGGAUAAUACAAAAAGAUUGUGUAAAUGAAACAGAAGUUCUGAGAUGUUGGAACAAAGAGACAAUAUUAAAGCCAAACUCUUCAAAGUACUAAAACUGGGAGCAAUUUGUUAAAUGCAAAAAAAAGCUCAAAACCACCUGUAGAUAAAGAAUCUGCUUCCAGUGCUGCCAGUGGAAGUUGGAGGAGAAACUGCUUCUGACCCCCCAAAUGGGAAGCAGUGAGUUAUCUCUCACUGCAUAUUAAAGCUUUACUGUUUUUCAUGUUAUAAUGAGAGAAACAAUUUGUCUGAUUGUUUCUCAAAUGUAUUAACUUGAAUUACUUUAUUACAUAAAGUUGUUUUUAUUGCCUUAAGUUUAAGAGGAGGAGAUAUAUCAUGAAUUGCUUCUGUAUAGGAUCUUCUCAUGUAAAAUCUGAAUGGCCUCUGUAAAUAUGUUCAUAUGAACCUUUUGUUUUGCUCUCUCUUCUGGAAUGUAUGUACCAUAUAUUAUAUGCCACAAGCAGUAUCAUCCUUAUUCUUUAUUCUGUAUAGAGUGAAAAUGUCAAAAGUUACAUGUGAAUUACAUUCAAUAAAGUAUUUGCCUACUAGAAAAUGCAAACAUGGUAUGUUUGGAACAUUUUUUAAGAUAAGUUUGAAAUUUUAAAUGCAGAGAAACAAUUUGGCACAUAAUUUAUUGCUUUUUAUGCAUUCCACUUAACAUAAUGACAUAAUAAAAAGCCUUUUACAGAUAUUACUGUAUAAUGCACAUUUUAUAUCAAACCUAGAGAAUUAAGGAAUAAUGGUUAUUUUUACUGUACUGGUAAUAAAGGUUGUUAAUAAUACAACUCUGCUGGAGAAAAGUAAAAGUGGAACUGUGACCAUGUUUGUUUUACUACAUAUUUUGAGAAAGAACCUAUAUUGAUGGGUUUUCCUUCAUUUUUGUAUAGUCUGUACAAAAACAAUGGAACUUUUGACAUAUCCACCAGAAAUAUCACAUUCAGCUAACAUUAACAAAAAAAAGAAAAGUGACCUGGUUACCUAAAAAGUUUCACACAAGUUAACUUACUUAUAAAUUAAUAAGAUGAUUUUUUUUGUAAUAUAUAUAUUUAAGAUUUAUAAUAAAAAUGAAAACAUGUUUUCAUACUUAAGAA